AUGUCGAACCAAAUACCCCAAAACCCCACCUCGCAGACAGUGGCGGCACUGCUUCCUAAGCUCCACGAUGCCGACCCAGACUAUCGAUUCAUGUCGCUGAACGAUCUCUACCAAGUUCUCACCAUUGGAAAACCAGACUUCCUAUACCAUGACUAUAAUACUGCGGCCCGGGCGGUGGACGGCGUCCUCAAGACUUUGGAUGAUCAGAAUGGUGAAGUACAGAAUCUGGCAAUCAAAUGCCUGGGCCCUCUUGUUUCGAGGCUCCCUAGCAACAUCCUAGCUCCCCUUAUUGAGAAGUUAUCGAAUCUAAAUACUGAGAACUCGGUCGACAGCUCUAUUCCGGCCAUGGCACUACGAACAGUUGUGAUCACACUUCCAAGACCCAUUAACGGUGUCUCCCCGUCAAAGGAGGUUGUUGAGGCAUAUUCUGCAAUUAGCAGGGUCUUGAUUCCUCGUCUUGUUGGUCGGCUCGUGAUCCAAAGGCCUGCGCAACAAGUAAAGCUUCCCCAACCUCCACCGGGCAUGCUCGAUUUUAAUUCCAACAAAGAGCUUGAUCCAGAAGCUGUUGAUGUUCUGAUAGAGGUUGUGAGAUGUUUUGGUCCUCUGCUUCAACAGCCAGAGGUGGAGGCUCUUCAAGGACUACUAGUCGGGAUCCUGGAAACGGAGCGUGGUGGCUCUGUCGUGAAGAAGCGAGCUGUCGUUGCAGUAUCCAUUCUGGCUAUUUACCUCACUGAUGAUGAUCUGAGUGGUUUUGUCUCUCAUCUUAUUGAGAGUCUACGUAAUCCACAUCUUACCCCAGUCCAGAGACGUCUGUAUAUCACAAUCUUGGGGUCAUUGGCUAGAUCGAUCCCCGCCAGAUUUGGACCGUACUUGAGAUCUCUCGCGCCAUUUGUGCUAUCAUCAUUGAGCCAACAAGAAUUGAAUGAUCAACUUGAGAACUCUGAAGAGGAUGGUGAUUCAGAGCCCGAAAUUGAUGAUGUCCGCGAGGCAGCACUAGUCGCGCUGGAAGGAUUUUUAGCUUCUUGUGGUAGUGAGAUGCGUCUCUAUACUGAAGAGACUAUUGCUGCUGCACUACGCUUCCUUAAAUAUGACCCGAAUUAUAAUGAUGAUGACGACGAGGAAAUGGGGGGAACUCAAACUGAAGAUGAUGACAUGGGCGAGUUUGGUGAUGAUGACGACUUUGAAGCAGAAUCUGGUUUUGAUGACGACGACGACGAUGCCAGCUGGAAGGUACGCAGAUGUGCUGCCAAGGCUCUCUAUACCCUUAUAUCGACUAGAGGUAGUGGCGAUUUGCUCGAGGAUGGAACACUUUAUACUCAAGUCGCCCCCGUCCUUGUGCAGAGGUUCAGCGAACGUGUGGAAAAUGUGCGUUUGGAGGUCAUAGCAACCAUGUCGUCACUCAUUCGCAAGACUGGGGAGGGUGUGAUUGUUAGGUUUUCGGGUGAUGAGAUUGAUUAUAUCAACCAUGCCCCACAAAGUCGGAAACGCAGAAGAGAGAGCAGCACUGCCGCUACUUUCGAUACGAAGACUUUGCUCUCAGUUUCUGCAGGCUUGACCUCUCCCACACUUGAGCCUGUUCCCGCAUCUGGCCCAAGAGCUGAUUUGGCUCGGCUCAGCCCUAUAAUCAUCAAAGCAACAACAAAGCUGUUAAAGAGUAGUUCAAUCCCCACAAAGCAAGCCUUGAUUAAUCUCCUGGAUGAAAUUGUCUCGGUUCAGCAUGGCGGCCUUUCCGAAUAUUUUGGCCAGAUUGUUGAUCCCAUUAUCGAAGCAAUCAAGAUCACUUCCAGUCAGAUCGCAUCUUCCAGUGCAAUCAUGAGCGGUGGAGCCGCAUCUGCAACUGCUAAUACAUUGCGAAUUGCCGCCCUUCGCUUGAUCGGAGAUAUUGCCAAGACUCAUUCCUCAAGUGUCUUACAACCUUACUUGCCUAAGAUCGUGCCUGGGGUCGUGUCGGCCGUCAAUGAUAAAUACUACAAGAUCUCUAGCGAAGCCAUCGGAACCGUUGAGCAGCUUGUCAAGGCGUUGACACCUCCUAGGUCAAGGUCAAUGAAUCGAAAUGACCAAAGUGAUAUUCAGCAGCUUUAUAAAGCUAUUGUUGGUCGGGUGGCUGCCAAUGAUGCUGACUUAGAAGUGAGGCAACGCGCAAUCCAUGCUCUAGGGAUUCUGUUAGCACGUACAGCCAACCCAGAAGGCUCCUCGCUAUUGCCGGACACUGACCGCAAUGUUGCGAUGGGAAUUCUAGGAGAGCGGCUGAAGAAUGAAACUACCCGCUUAGCCGCAGUUCGAGCCAUUGAUACCAUCGCCGCAUUGACGACGUCUAAGGAUCAGUUGUCACCAGCGUGGAUUAGAGAGGUAACAAUAGAACUAUCUGCCCAGCUUCGAAAGGCCAAUAGGUCAUUAAGGAGUGCAAGUCUAGCAGCUUUGAAGAACCUCGUUGUUGCCCCCGCUGCCAGAAGCUCUCUCGAUGCACCCACCAUUCAGGGCCUGGUCAGCGCACUUCUCCCUCUUCUUACUACAGUAGACCUCCACCUUCUCGGUCCUGCUCUGGUAGUCUUGGCAUCCCUGGUUGAGGAUGAUGCAAAACUUGUUGUUUCUGAGCAAUUGAACAUAGCUCUUUGUAACCUUCUAAAGGCUAGUCUUGGCGGUGCAGUCCUUGACGCAGUUCUCCUUCUCGUCUCAAAGAUUGGUGAGAAGGGUGCUGGCCAACCGCUAAUGACUGGUCUUCUCACUGAGGUGAGUAUCAACGGAGAUCCGGCGGUUGUUGGGAAAGUCAUUGGUACACUUCUGGUGUAUGGGGGCUCUUCCGUUGGCGUUAAAAUCGACAAUUUCCUCGCUGAGGUUACCAAUCCUACCUCUGAUGAUGCAAAGCAAAGCCUAGCCCUUGCCGUACUUGGCGAGGCUGGGCUCCGUCUAGGGGGUCGAUCGCCACUGAAGCCUUCUACUUUUGCAGCUCAGUUCAAGUCGAAAUCGGAAAAGGUACCCCUCGCUGCUGCUGUAGCCUUGGGGCGUGCUGGCGCCGGCAACGUCCCAGUAUACUUGCCUGAGAUUCUUGCUACCAUGGACAAAGGCGGGGAUAUCCAGUACUUGCUCUUGCACUCUAUUAAGGAGAUCUUGCAACAAGCCAGUACUAGUUCUAUUGACAUCAGCAAAUAUACCAAAGCAAUCUGGGAUAGAUUACUCAGUGCUUCGCAACCUGAGGAUAACAAAGCCGUUGGAGCUGAAUGUAUUGGAAGGCUCGCCAUUAUUGAUCCCAAGACAUACAUUCCUCUCCUGCAGAACUAUCUUUGCGAUCGCACCCCCUCAGUUCGAGCCAUGAUAAUACAAGCUAUUCGUUAUACCCUACCCGAUAGCGAUGAGGCCUUUGACUCUGUCCUCAAGAUAUCAUUAAUUGAUAUUCUCACUGUUAUGCUGCGAGAUUCAGAACUGGAGAAUCGCCGCCUGGCUCUAACCACGCUGAACUCAGCUGCGCAUAAUAAGCCAGACCUCAUUAUUCCAAAUCUAGGUCUGCUUUUGCCACUGGUCAUGGAUGAGUCAGUCGUCAAGCCCGAACUUAUUCGUGAGGUGAUGAUGGGACCUUUCAAGCAUAACAUUGAUGAUGGUCUAGAAGUCCGAAAGAGCGCUUACGAAACUCUCUAUUCGUUGAUGGAGACGGCAUUCUCGCGAAUCAACAUCCUCGACUUCUACGACCGUGUUAUUGCCGGCCUCCAAGACGAGCAUGACAUAAGAGCUCUCUGUAAUCUCAUGCUCACAAAGCUUGUUGUACUCGAUCCGGAUGAGACCUCACGUCGCCUGGACGCCAUCGCCGACUGCUUCCGCACUAUCUUGUCAACGAAAUUGAAGGACAAUGCAGUGAAGCAAGAAAUCGAGAAGCAAGAAGAGGCCACGAAGAGUGUGCUACGGGCAACAUUGGCUUUGCACGAUGCAAUUCCUACUGCGAGUACGGGAAUGGGUGCACAGGUCAGCCAGCAUCAGACUUGGAGGACGUACUGGGAGUGGGUGGAGAAGGACUUCGAGACUCAGAUUAGGGCAUUGAGGGCGGAGAAUAACAGGGAGGAGUGA